AUGGCUACGGGGCCUGUGGAGGAGCGAAAUCAGGAUGCCACUAUAUAUGUUGGUGGACUGGAUGAGAAAACAAAAGAAGCGAUACUAUGGGAGCUUUUCCUUCAAGCCGGGCCUGUUGUCAACGUUCACAUGCCCAAAGAUCGGAUAACGGGGCAGCACCAGGGAUAUGGCUUUGUCGAAUUUCUCUCUGAAGAAGAUGCGGACUACGCCAUGCGAAUAAUGAACAUGAUUAAGCUUUACAACAAACCCAUUCGUGUAAACAAGGCCAGUGCUCAUCAGAAGAAUUUGGAUAUUGGCGCCAACAUUUUCAUAGGUAACUUGGACCCUGAGGUGGAUGAAAAAUUGCUCUAUGACACUUUCAGCGCAUUUGGCGUCAUCCUUCAAACGCCAAAGAUCAUGCGCGACCCUGAAACUGGUAAUUCGAAGGGAUACGCUUUCAUAAAUUAUGCCAGUUUCGAAGCCAGUGAUGCAGCGAUCGAGGCUAUGAACGGACAGUAUCUUUGCAACCGGGCCAUUACCAUCUCGUACGCUUUUAAGAAGGACAGUAAAGGCGAGCGCCAUGGAUCGGCAGCUGAACGUCUUCUUGCUGCUCAGAGCCCGCUUUCUCAAGCUGACCGCCCUCACCAGCACUUUGCAGAUGCUCCUAUUCCUCCUCCUCCACCACCUCCAACUCUUUUGGCUGCUGCUACCGCGGGUAUUCCGGGCGCCGUGCAACAUCCGGCGGCUUUCUCGACACUUACCGCCGCGGGUGCUGCCUCAAUGCUGAUGCCCCCUCCGCCGCCACCUCCUCCGUCAAUAUCACUGGCGCCUCCGCCGCCACCGCCACCCCCAAUGUUGGGCGCUGCCGGGGCAGGAUUGAUGCCUCCUCCACCCCCACCUCCGCCUCCGCCAACUCUUUUCGCCGCUGCCGAUGCAGCUUUUCACCCUCCGCCACCACCGCCUCCUCCGCCACCGCAAUUGGCGGGUGGAGUCCAGCCAUGGGGACUGACGGGAGCUGGGAUUCCUCCACCUCCACCUCCACCGCCCAUCAUGUAG